AUGGUCAUGGGUGGCCUCGUUCCGUCGAUGUGGGAGAUCCCUAUGGAAGACGACGUGGACGCGCCGCUUCAGGACGUGCCCGCGCGCCGCCUCUGGUCCCCCCCGGCGGAGCAGCAGGCGCCCGAGCCCAGCCCCGCGCCGGAGGCGAGCCCGCCGGUCGCAGCGAUCGCAGUGGUCUCGGCGCCGUCGGCGCCAGCGUCCGCGCCGCCCCCUGGGCGCUUCCAGCGCAAGGUCGCCAGCGCGCCCUCGCACAAGCGCAGGCCGCCGCCGCUGACGUGCCUGGAGGCUGGGUCCCCCGCGCUGCAGCCGCAGACUGCGGCCGCGCUGCCGUCCUUUGCUGCCACGUGGCACGGAUCGACAGCGGCUCCAACACAGCCGCAGACGGCACCAGCGGCGACCUGCAUGCAUUCUCCAACAGCAAGC